AUGAAAUCAGCAAAGGUCAUUGAAAACAUUCAACGGAGCAGAGAAGUGGAGCUCCAGAAGGUGCUGGAGUGGAAGGACAAGAACCAGCAGGAACUGAAUGAUCUCAACAGUGAGCUGUGGAGAAUCCGCACAGACCUGCCAGAACUCGAGCUGGAUCUUGAAAAGCUGAACAAUCAGCUUUCUGAGCUUGAAAGGCAGUACAAAGAGAAGGAAAAUGAGCUUGCAGAGGCAGACAAACGGUUAGAAAGCGAGAUUGCAGAACUUAAACAGGAGUUCGAGCUCUACCGGUGCAACACAGAACUGGACUUCAACCGCAAAAUUGAGAAGCUUAGUGCAGAUUGUGACUCAAAGGUUCAGAGAGAAAUAGCCCAAAAACAGGCGGCAUACAUGGAUUCCAGGCGGAAAUUGGAGACGAGGAAAGACGAGCUUCUGAAACAAAUCGACGAGGAAAAUAUGCAUUUCCAGCGUGAGAACGAGCGCAUUAUGGAACGGAGACGCGUCAGGCUGGAAGCUGUGGACAGAGAGUUUGCAAGAGAAUUGAAUAAUUUGGAGUUGGAGAAGAGAGAGAUUUCCCAGGCAGUUUCUGCUGUCGAUCGCAGGUGGGAGGCUGUGGAGGCAGAAAUUGCCCGAAAAGAGGAAGAGACCCAGAAACUUGAGUCCCAAGUGGAGUCUGAAAGUCACAAGUCCGCACAUUUUGAGGAAAAGACGGCCGAGAUACGUCAGGAGAUACAAAUGAUUGAUACUGAGUACCAAAAGAAAGCUCGGCUUCUGGAGCAAAAAGAGCAUGAUGCCCAGAAAUUUGUUAGCUCUACUGUUGCGUUGAAAGAACAGCUUCUGGCCGAAGAACUGGCUCGUCGCAAAGCACAUAAUACUCUCCAGGAUCUAAAAGGAAACAUUCGUGUUUUCUGCAGAGUCAAGCCAGAAAAGGAUGAAAACAGUUUCAAACACCAAGUGUUUGUGUCCACGGACUCAAGCGACGGCAAAGAGCAAAUCAUAAUCACCGAGCCGCUGCUCACGCAUCAAUCAUCCCACACCUUCAACAAGCCGGCUCCGAAGAACUACAAAUUUAGUUUCGAUAAGGUGUUCGGCAUGGACUCCACCAACUCAGAAAUAUUCGAAGAAAUCAGCCAGCUGGUACAAAGCGCCUUGGACGGCUAUAAUGUGUGCAUUUUUGCUUACGGUCAGACAGGUUCGGGCAAGACGUUUACGAUGUCGAGCGCGACGGACGGAAUCAUCCCGCGUGCUGUUGACCUGAUAUUUCAAAGAAGCCGUUCUGCCAAAGACAAUGGCUGGGAGUUCAGUAUCGUGGGCCAGUUCCUGGAAAUAUACAAUGAAAACAUCAACGAUCUGAUGACAGAGUCUUAUCUGCGCAACCUGGACGCUGUGAAGCACGAAAUCAAGCACGACGAAGCUACGCGAACGACUACGAUCACCGACAUGACCACCGUUGCACUAGAGAACCAGGAGCAGGUCGCCCAAAUUCUGAAAAGCGCCAACAAGAACCGUGCCACUGCGUCCACGAACGCUAAUCAUCGCUCGUCGCGAUCUCACUCCAUUUUCAUGAUCCAACUGAAUGGCUACAACGCGAAAACCAAAGAGACCAUCAACGGAAAGCUGAACCUCAUUGACCUGGCCGGGUCUGAGCGCAUCUCGCAGUCGAUGGUCACUGGAGAUCGGCUCAAAGAAACGCAAUCCAUCAACAGGUCUCUCAGCUCCCUGGGUGAUGUGAUAACCUCUCUGUGCAAAAAGAGCCCGCAUAUCCCAUACAGAAACUCAAGACUGACCUACCUUCUGCAGUACUCGCUUGGCGGAGAUUCCAAGACCCUCAUGUUUGUUAACGUAUCCGCCAACUUACAGCAUUUUAGCGAAACACUCAACUCGCUCCGCUUUGCCACCAAGGUGAAUAAUACACAGCUGCAGACGAAACAGUGA